CCAAGUUGAGUAUAGAGUCUCUGUGCUGCUGCUGAGACGUGUAGACACAGUGGAGGAGAAGAGGAGGAGGAAUUGGCUGACUUUUGGGGUCUGCUUUGAGAGAGAGACGCUUCACCUUCAUCCUCCUGAGUACAGAAAAAGGAAAAGAGAGAAAGAGACGCGUUUAGGCUACUUUUCAAUGAGCAGACAGACUUAAAAGGAAAAAGUGUUGGGACUAUACUGUUCCUCCUUGGAUGUAUCAGAGAUGAUGAGGGGAGUUUCUUUCUGAUCUUUCGGAAAUGAACCACAACUGGAUGUGAAGGAAGGUGAUUCAAGAGGAAGAAUGACAUCUGCAGGCUGCUUUCAUCUCCUCUCUGAUUUUAUUAGUUUAUUCUAAGGAGGCUACCUGUUAAUUCCCAUCCUACCUAUACCACACUUUUAAAAAAGCUUGCAUUGUGUUUUUAUGGGAUGUCUGGUUUGUAAUUAAUUAAAAUAAAACAAUUUUAAUAUUCUGAUUACUAAUUUUAUACAAUUUGAGACUUUUGAACAUGGCCAUCAACACAGACACAGACUUCCUGAAGUCCAAUCUAAGUGAAGGAGGAGAAAGAGGAGCUCAGCCUUCAGACCCUCAUGAGACGGAGAAACUCCUGGUCACCACCGAGCCAGGAGGCAACGGGAUGAAGAUGUCCACCUCCUUCACGGUCAACAUAGACAGCGGAGAUAAGAGCCAGGAGGCGGAUCAGAACGGCCACAGCACCGCGGUGAGGUCUGGCUCCGCCGGGCAGCUCGGAGCAGCCGCUCCUCUCUCUCCAUCCAAGGUCAGCCUGAGUCGCUCCUCCACCGGCAACGCUGGAGUCCAGGAGACCCCCAAACCCAAGGAUUACCUCAUCCUCGUCAUCCUGUCCUGCUUCUGCCCAGUGUGGCCAGUCAGCAUUGUUGCACUGGUGUACUCCAUCAUGUCCAGAAACAGCCUCCAGGUGGGGGACAUCGACGGGGCCAGGAGGCUGGGUCGACUGGCUCGUCUGCUCAGCAUCGUCUCCAUCUUCCUCGGCAUUGUCAUCAUCGUAGUCUACGUCUCCGUUUCAGUUACCAGUAGGCACUGAGGACCUGAGGGGAAGAAACGCACCGUGAAAGCCAAACCACGGAUGCAACAAGCCCAUUCCAAAACAAAAAAAAAAAGAAAUACAAUUCCUAUCUUUAUGCCAUAUUGUAAUUACAUCAUGACAGACCUCAGAAAGCAAAAAAAAAAAGGCAACUCAUGAGAGUAGGUACUGCAGCAGGUAAACACAUAAAUACAUGAGAUGCAUGCAUUAGAAUCCAGUAACAUUUGCUUGACAAAAAUAACCAAAAACCUGAUGUAAAAUUAGGUUAAAACAGACGAAAAAGAAAAUGCAGAUUUGUAUGUGGGACUCAUGAAUGUUUCUUUUUGGAAUAAUGGACUUCUUAAAACGAAGAGGACGUGUGAGGAGAGAGUGAACGAUAGACGUUUUCUAUGUCGUUGAAAAACACAUCCUGAGUUUGGGCUUCAAACUUCGGACCGCUGCAUAUAAUCCACAUAUAUUCCUUACUGAACCUCUUGCAUUCAAAAGCAUAUACAGCUACAAAUAUAUUUGAAAUAUGGAUAUAUGAAUAUAUAUAUAGAUGUACAUUUUAUAAAAAUGUUUGUAUGCCAAGUGGUGCUGGGUUUGUUAAGACUGUCACGAUGGCUGCUUCGUCAGCAUUUGGAUUAUCAGUGGAAAAUUCAAAGGUUUGUGAAAAAGGGGGCAGGGAACACAUUUUUAAUUUUUGUUAUUUAUUAUAAUUUUUUUGAUCUAAGAAAAAAAAAAAUUGAGACCAACUGCAUGCCUGAAUGUAGAUAACCAAAAUUCUGCCUUCGUUUUGACUGUUAUUAGUUGUCUCUUUUCUUAUGAAGGAGUCGGAGAGGCGAACAGGUUUGCACAAGGAAGAGUGAUUUGUGUACAUUAUUUGAGUCCAGCCACCGCACUGAUCUCCAACACCCCUCCUUUAUGUCUCCAACAUGAACCUUGCCUUGCUCUGGCAGAGACUGAAAUGCAUGCCAAACCUCCCAAAUUCCUUCUUUUCCUUUCACACCCUCCAAUUCUUUACCACAAAACUUGAUUUAGUGGCUGUUGUCCUUCAUCUUGUACCCUUAAACUCCAUUUUACAUAUUAUCUUUCUACACCAGUAGCUCCCCAUUUUCCAUUCUUACAUUGUUAUACAUUGACUGUUAAAUGCCAUUGUUUCACUGAAUGUUUUUUCUGCUCCUUGUAUUGGUAUGAAAUGUAUUUAUAUGGGAAAAUAUAUAUGCAAUAUGUACGCAUGCUAUGGGCCAAACAGGCUUACACACAUUUAUUUAUUUUUUUUGUAAAGGAACAGGCCUAUGAGUUUGACUGAGUAACAACAAAUAGCAUUUAAAGAACCUUUUCAAUGAAACCCAAGCACGACAGAUUGUCUGUAUUCGUCACUUUAUCAGAGAGAAGUCACUGUAUUACAGUAAGUUCCCCUGUGGCUACACACAACUGUUGUAUUGACACAUUACAGGCUUAUGCUACAAGCACAGGUAACAUCACUGUAAGACCAUGUAGCGUUAUUUAAAUCUAUGUUUUUCUUUCCACAUUAAUACUUCAUUUUUUUUAUCUUGUGCAAUUUAAAUCAGGAAUCAUUUGGACAAAGUGAUAAAACGUUUGUUUGUUUAAGGGCUCAUACAACACCAGCUAAUUUUGACUGAUGAGGGAUGAAAUGCAUCCAGCUGAAGAGAUUCUACCAAGUACUAAACUGAACGUCAUCAAUGUGAAGCUGAACAACCACAGUCUUUAAAUUAUUAAUACUAUAAUGCACAAUGUCUAGUGUGACAUGGGCUUUUUUCAAAUCCAUUCCAGUUCAUAGCUGUACAUAAAAAUCACAAUCUUUAUCCAAACAUCUGAAAGCAGCAAAAUCCAAAGAUUCCCCAUGUUUACUACCAAGCUAAAUUUCAGUAGAUCACACCGAGUGUAAUUCACUGCUCUAGUGUUACUCUCUAACAUACAAAGUUUUCAUCGCUGAAACUGGUGUUCAAGAGCCAACUGUCUAGCCUAUAAGCUCUGCUCUGUCCGUAAAACAGUUUCAUUUCAUUCGGAUAUAUUACUGUGUUUCUUUUCCAGUAUACUGUAUGUGCCAGUUUUCAUCUCUGUGGUGUACACUUUGCAUGUUUGGAAUAAAUGUUACCAUGCAUGGUCCAA